AGCCGAGGGGGCGUCGCUAAGCCGGGCCGGGAGAAGGACGGCGGCCAGGAGUCCUAGUCCUGGAAGGGAUGGAGGAGCCCGGGGCCGACUGCGCGGUAGCCUUCGCCGAGGCCCAGAGAUGGGUGGAGGCAGUAACAGAGAAGAAUUUUGAAACAAAGGAUUUUCGAGCUUCUCUAGAGAAUGGUGUUCUGUUGUGUGAUUUGGUUAAUAAACUUAAGCCUGGUGUCAUUAAGAAGAUUAAUAGAUUAUCCACACCUAUAGCAGGUUUGGAUAAUAUAAACGUUUUUUUGAAAGCUUGUGAACAGAUUGGAUUGAAAGAAGCCCAGCUUUUCCAUCCUGGGGAUCUACAGGAUUUAUCCAACCGAGUCACUGUCAGGCAAGAAGAGACUGAUAGGAGAGUGAAAAAUGUUUUGAUAACACUGUACUGGUUGGGAAGAAAAGCACAAAGUAACCCGUACUAUAAUGGACCCUAUCUUAAUUUGAAAGCAUUUGAGAAUCUUUUAGGACAAGCUCUGACUAAGGCUCUUGAAGACACUAGCUGUCUGAAAAGGAGUGGCAGGGACAGUGGUUACGGUGAUAUCUGGUGUGCUGAACGUGGAGAUUUUCCUACUUCUCCAGGCAACCAUAAGCGAGAAGAUUCAUUUGAAAGCUUGGACUCUUUGGGGUCUAGAUCAUUCACAAGCUGCUCCUCUGAUAUUACGUUGAGAGGGGGACGUGAGGGUUGCGAAAGUGACACAGAUUCUGAAUUUACAUCCAGAAUGCAGGAUUAUAAUAAAGAUGAUAUGUCCUAUCGAAGGAUUUCAGCAAUUGAACCAAAAACUGCUUUACCGUUCAAUCGUUUUUUGCCCAAUAAAAGUAGACAGCCAUCCUAUGUGCCAGCGCCAUUGAGAAAGAAAAAGCCGGACAAAAACGAGGAUAACAGAAGAAGUUGGGCCAGCCCAGUCUAUCCAGAAGCAGAUGGAACAUUUCCAAGUGGACACACAGGGAAUCCUUUAAUUUCCCAUCAAAUUAGCAGAGCAGAGUGGGAUUUUUCAAAUCCAGCUUGCUAUCAGAAGGAGGUGUAUGGUUCUGAAAGUGGUUCUGACUCCGAGGAUGAACGAAGGUUGCCUGACAUAGUUUUGGAUGACUUAGCCAACCGUAGAUUCCGAGUGAAAAAGAGGCCUGAGUGUUUCAUCUCGAAAACCACCUCUCCUAGCUCUUGCUCACAAAGGUUUCCUCCUGCUGACCCAUUAGCCACUGGGCUGUACAAAUUGACGAGUAACGAGAGGAGAACUUGGGGCACAAAUGUCGAGAAUUGUCCAACCGUACAAGAAACUUCAAGCUCCUCUUGUUACUUGGAAGAGGAAAGAGAAAAGACAAGGACACCCAACACCAUAAAGGAUGAUCUUUAUGUGCGAAAGCUAAGUCCCAUCAUGCCAAACCCAGGGAAUGCUUUUGAUCAGUUUCUUCCCAAAUGUUGGAUCCCAGAAGAUGUGAACUGGAAAAGAAUAAAGAGAGAAACUUACAAACCAUGGUAUAAAGAAUUUCAGGGAUUCAGGAGGAAUUCAGAUUCUGAGGAUGAGGAUUUGGGCUCUGACAGAAGCUCCUCCAUAUUUAGUAGAAUCCAAAAAGCAAAGCAUAGGCUAGACAGCAACUGCCAAAGACGUUCACUCUUGCUGGAAUUGGCUACCAAAGGGGCCAGGAGCUCCCGGAACACCCAUGCAGCCAGGAGAACCAGUGGUUCUGCGGAUGAGCCCAGUCAGUUUUUAUUACUUCAGGCACUCCAAACAUAUUCUGAUGACAUCUUAGCUUCUGAAACAAAUAUCAAAAUUGAUCCCACUGCCGGCCCAAGGCUCAUAACACGCAGAAAGAAUCUCUCUUCUGCACCAGGGUAUAAAAGAGAUGACCUUGAGAUGCCAACUCUAGAUCCUGACUUGGAGAAUGAUGAUUUCUUUGUCAGAAAGACUGGGGCUUUUCAUGCAAAUCCAUAUGUUCUCCGGGCUUUCGAAGACUUGAGAAGGUUUUCCGAGCCAGAUGAUUCUGUAGAGCGAGAUAUAAUUCUGCAGUGUAGAGAAGGUGAACUUGUACUCCCAGAUCUAGAAAAAGAUGACAUGAUUGUUCGCCGAAUUCCAGCGCAGAAGAAAGAGGUGCCUCUGUCAGGGGCCCCAGAGAGAUACCAACCAGUCCCUCUCCCCGAACCCUGGACUCUUCCUCCAGAAAUUCAAGCAAAAUUUCUCUGCGUACUUGAAAGGACACACCCAUCCAAAGAAAAAAGAAAGAGCUGUGGAGUGUUAGUGCCUUCCUCCAGGAAGAAGAGAGAUGACAUGUUGACUCGCAAGAUCCAGUCUUGGCAGCUGGGGACGACUGUGCCUCCUGUCAGUUUCACUCCUGGUCCCUGCAGUGAGGCGGACCUGCGGAGGUGGGAGGCCAUCCGAGAGGCCAGCCGACUUAGGCACAGGAAACGGCUGAUGGUUGAGAGACUCUUUCAAAAGAUUUAUGGUGAGAAUGGGAGUAAGUCCAUGAGUGAUGUCAGCGCAGAGGAUAUUCAGAACUUGCGUCAGCUGCGUUACGAGGAGAUGCAGAAAAUAAAAUCACAAUUAAAAGAACAAGAUCAGAAAUGGCAAGAUGACCUUGCAAAAUGGAAAGAUCGUCGAAAAAGCUACACUUCAGAUCUGCAGAAGAAAAAAGAAGAGAGGGAAGAAAUUGAAAAGCAGGCACUUGAGAAGUCCGAGAGAAGCUCUAAGACCUUUAAGGAAAUGCUGCAGGACAGGGAAUCCCGAAACCAAAUGUCCACAGUGACAUCGAGGAGGAGGUUGCAUUCUAAUGAUGAUGUGUUGAAUGAAGAGAUGCUUUCUCCUACACUGACUAUGUCAGAAGCAAGUUACCAGAGUGAGAGAGUAGAAGAGAAGGAAACCAUGUAUUCUACAGAAAUUCCUAAACAAGAUUCUACAACUUUUGUGAAAAGAGAGGACGCUGUAACCACUGACAUUCAGCUACCUUCUCAAAGCCCCAUGGAAGAACAACUCCCAGACUCUUUGUCUUCUCAGCAUUCACCAAGUACACGAAUGCAGUCGACUCGAGUUUCAGCCUCUCUCCCCAGAAGUUACCAGAAAACCGAUACAGCCAGGUUAACAUCUGUGGUCACACCGAGACCUUUUGGCUCUCAGACGAGGGGAAUCUCAUCACUCCCAAGAUCCUACACGAUGGAUGAUGCUUGGAGGUAUAAUGGAGAUGUAGAAGAUGAUAAGAGAACUCAGAACAGCUUUGUCAGCACCUCUGUGCAAAAACCGGACACAAGCCAGCUUGCUUCCAGCAAGUCCAGCGAGACAGAGAUAGCAGCGGUGGGAGAAGGUGUGAUGGGGCUGCCCUCUCCUACACCCUCCUUCUCAUCACUUUCCCAGGACCAAGCUGCCACUUCUAAAGCCACACUGUCUUCAUCAUCUGGCCCUGAUUUAGUGUCUGAGCUUGGAGAAGGGAGAAGCUCACCACAGACGGAGGUCUCAAGAUCACAGGAUCAGUUCAGUGAUAUGAGAAUCAGCAUAAACCAGACGCCUGGGAGCGGUCUUGACUUUGGGUUUACGGUAAAAUGGGCAUUUUCUGGGAUCUUCGUUGCAUCAGUUGAAGCAGGUAGUCCAGCAGAAUUUUCUCAGCUGCAGGUAGAUGAUGAAAUUAUUGCUAUUAACAACACUAAGUUUUCAUAUAAGGACACAAAAGAGUGGGAGGCAACCAUGGCUAAUGCUAAAGAAACUGGAAACCUAGUAAUGGAUAUCAGGCGCUAUGGAAAGUCUGACUGGGGCAAAGACCAACCUUCCCUGCCAUUUAUACGUCAUAAAACCCUCAAUCUCACCAGUAUGGCUACCAAAAUUAUAGGUUCACCUGAAACAAAGUGGAUUGAUACAACUUCUGGAAUUUACAAUUCUGAUAAAUCUUCAAGUCUGUCAAUAACGACUGAUUUCUCAGAAAGCCUCCAGCAUUCUAAUACUGAAUCUAAGGAAAUUAAUGGGAUCCGUGAUGAAAGUAAUACUUUUGAAUCGAAAGCCUCUGAACCUAUUUCUUUGAAAAACUUAAAAAGGCGAUCACAAUUUUUUGAACAAGGGUCAUCAGGCUUUUCUUACAGUUCAUGGGUCUACCUCUGUGGAAGCUCGGAUUCUGUGGUUCCUGAUCUUCCCGUUCCGACGCUCAGUACCCCAAGCCGCUGGGCGUGGGAUCAAGAGGAGGAGCGCAGGCGGCAGGAGAGAUGGCAGAGGGAGCAGGACCGCCUGCUGCAGGAGAAAUAUCAACGUGAGCAGGAGAAACUCAGGGAAGAGUGGCAGAGGGCUCAGCAGGAAGCUGAAAGAGAGAACUACAAGUACUUGAACGAGGAACGGAUGGUCCUGAGCUCACACAGCCUUUCCCGGCCCACUCGGGAGCCCGCAGUUGCCACCUGGGAAACCGCCUGGGGCGAGGGUUCCAAGUCAUCAGACCGGGAAGGCACCCGAGCAGGAGAAGAGGAGAGGAGACCACAGCAGAAGGAGGAUGAGGAGGAGGACCAAAGAAAGAGGCUGCAGGAGCAGCUCGCCCUGGAGAGAGAGAGGAAACUGAAGGAGCAACAGGAUCAAGAAGAGCAGGAGCGGCGUCGGCGUCAAGAGGAGGCCCAGGAGCAGAAGCCCCAGGCAGAAAGAGAGAGGGAAACCACAGUCAAAAUAUACCAGUACAGAAGGCCUAUUGAUUCCUAUGAUAUACCAAAGAGAGAAGAACAAUCUUCAGGGUUGCUUCCUAGUGACAGGAAUAAAUCCAGAUCCACUACCGAACUGGAUGGUUACCCUGCAAAUAAAAAUGGAGGCAAUAAAUAUUCAGACCAAAUUGGGAGCACUAGCUCAUCACAGAGGAGCUCCAAGAAGGAACAAGCCCCAUCAGAAGCAGAGUUAGAGAGACAACAAAUUCUUCAAGAAAUGAGGAAGAGGACAUCUCUUCUCAAUGACAAUAGCUGGAUCCGACAGCGCAGUUCCAGUGUAAAUAAAGAGCCGAUUUGUCUGCCUGGGAUUAUGAGAAGAGGUGAAUCUCUAGAUAACCUGGAUUCCCCAAGAUCCAGUUCUUGGAAACCAUCCCCUUGGUUCAAUCAGCCUUCAGGAGUCCGUGCUUCUUCCUCUGUUCAAGACUUUAGUCGCCCCCCUCCUCAGCUGGUGUCCACGUCGAACCGUGCCUACAUGCGGAAUCCAUCUUCCAGCAUCCCCCCUCCUUCUUCAGCUGGUUCUGUGCAGACCACCACCGCACCUUCUCCCACACCACACAGUCCUUCUCCUUCACUAUCACAGUCGGGCUCCCAGCUACGCAGCAGGUCAGUGAGUGGGAAGCGCGUGUGCUCCUACUGUAAUAGCAUUCUGGGCAAAGGAGCUGCCAUGAUCAUCGAGUCCCUGGGUCUUUGUUAUCAUUUGCAUUGUUUUAAGUGUGUGGCCUGCGAGUGUGACCUCGGAGGCUCCUCCUCAGGAGCCGAAGUCAGAAUCAGAAACCAUCAACUGUACUGCAACGACUGCUAUCUCAGAUUCAAAUCUGGACGGCCAACUGCCAUGUGAUGUAAACCUCCACACGAAAGCACUGUUGCAGAUAGAAGAAGAGGUGGUUUCUGCUGAUGUAGAUCUAUAAAUACGUGUUGUAUGUCUUUUGCUCUUUUUUAAAAAGGAUAACACUUUUUUAAAAAACAUUUUUGUCUCUCUAGAUUACAUCAGAGCAUUAUAGUCUUGGUAGAACCUGUAUUUUUGUUGUUUA